GCUGUUCGCCAUUACAACAACAAAAACAACGUGACGUUUUUAGUCUGACCACUUCCGCCCUGUUCAUUCAACGCAUGCUUCUCUGAGCAGCUGCGUUUAUCAGAAUUCAGUAUGAAUCAAGAGAAAUUGGCUAAACUUCAAGCCCAGGUCCGAAUAGGGGGCAAGGGCACUGCACGCAGGAAGAAGAAGGUGGUGCACAGAACAGCAACAGCUGAUGACAAGAAGCUCCAGAGUUCAUUAAAGAAGCUUGCUGUCAAUAACAUAGCUGGAAUUGAAGAGGUGAAUAUGAUUAAAGAUGAUGGCACGGUCAUUCACUUCAAUAACCCCAAAGUGCAGGCGUCUCUGUCUGCCAAUACGUUUGCCAUCACGGGCCACGCAGAGACCAAACAGCUCACGGAAAUGCUCCCAGGAAUCCUCAGUCAGCUCGGCGCUGACAGUCUCACAAGUCUGCGCAAACUCGCUGAGCAGUUCCCCAGACAGGUUCUCGACAACAAAGCUCCAAAAGCAGAAGAUAUCGAUGAAGAAGAUGAUGAUGUCCCAGAUCUUGUAGAGAACUUCGACGAGGCAUCAAAGAAUGAGGCAAACUGAUCAUUGGACCUUCCGUAACUCCUGUUCAGGACAAAGUCUCCUGCACUAUUUUUAAAUUAGAGUGACAGACAUAUCAUUUCAACACUAUCCAGUGAAACCAGAGACUUUUAUAUCAUAAAUUGGCUUUUCCAGAUCCAUCCCUGACCUUUCUCCUACAUUUAUACUUUAAGAUGGACGGAUACAUGGUUAUAAAUCUUAACCACAAUGCUAGCUGAAAUGCAAGUUUUGAUGGCUGUGGCUAUGAAAUUAGUCUUAAUUAUUUUUUCUGUUAAUUAAAUAAAAAUAAAACUCAUAAACCUUU